AUGGCUCACUCACAAACCCUCACCGAGCAACACCACCGCUGGCCCGCCUUGACGCCUCUCGACGGCAUCAAGGCGGCGGCGGCCACCGCUCCUCAACCGCUGGUGGCCACGCCGGUGAUCAUCCCCACCACGGUUGCCGGAGACAACGACGUGGCGCUCGGUAUAAAAUUGGGGCACAUUCGGCCCCAGACCAAAGUUCUUGACGCCGUCGAUCCUUGCCUUGACCGCGUUGAACAGCGUCGACGCAACCUCGACCCGGACCGAGUUCUGCCCAGACACGACGUACGGCGAGAUGUCGACCUGCGCGGCAGACACGUCCACCGCCGGCAGCUGUUUGUCGUUGACCCAGGCCCUCAGGGUGUUGAGCACCGGGCCAAAGUCCAUCAUGGUCAUGACGUCCUCGCCCGCCAGCUGGCCGACAGCCGGCCGUGUGAAAGUGGCCGUGUAGAUGCCGACGCCCGAGACGUUCUGCGCCGCUGGCACCUGCGACCAUGGGACCAGGGCGCUCUGCGUGCCGAGGUCGAGUGUUUCCCUGGCAGGCGCUGA